GCUUCUGGAUAAGCCUCUCUCCAUCUCCUCACAUCUCUUCUCAAAACAAAAAAAAAAUAUCUUAAAAUUAUGUCAUUUGAAAAGUUUAGAAUAUUUCAUCAGAUAUCUCUUCCUUCGAAAAGAUUAAAAGAACACACAAAAGAAUGGCAGCGCUAGCAUCAAACCCUCAGAUGUUAACGAGACAAGGUCACAGUAGUUACAAGAAGGAACAAUUCUGGAAGAAAGAGAGUUUGAGUUUGGAGAAGAAGUGUGGGUUUUGUUGUGUGAAGGUUUACAAUUAUGAAAAGCUUGGGAGGUCACAAGUAGAGAAAGAGUGGAGGUUAGAAGCCUUUUGGUCAAACGUAUCACAGCCUGAGACUGUGGAGAUGGUACCCAUUAACGAUGUUGAUGAGCUUGAAGCUGUUCUCUCUGAGGCACGCAACCUCUCUCAGCCUAUCAUCAUCGAAUGGAUGGCUUCUUGGUGUAGGAAAUGUAUUUACUUGAAGCCUAAGUUGGAGAAAUUAGCAGCGGAAUAUAAUAACCGAACAAAGUUUUACUACGUGGAUGUGAACAAGGUGCCUCAAACCUUGGUCAAGCGUGGCAACAUUUCUAAAAUGCCCACCAUUCAGGUAUGUUUUCUUGAUAACAAAUUGUUUUAACAGCAAGAAACGUUAUGAAUGUUGUGGAAGGAAGGGGAGAUGCAAGAGGAAGUGAUAGGAGGUCACAAAGGAUGGCUUGUUAUUGAAGAAGUCAGAGAACUGAUCAACAAAUAUGUUUGAUUCUCUUUUUUUCUCUUCCUCAUCUUUUCUGUUAAUUUGUACAGUAACUUUUAAAUUUUGCCUUUUUGAUAUCUGAGACAUAGAGAAUGGGGAGACAGAAAAGUAAAAUUGAUAAGCUUUGUUUUUACUUUUCAAA